UGGGGCUUUUCCACAAUAAACAGCAUUGACAAUGAUGACGAUGAUGAUGACGUCAUCAAGCUGGCAGCCAGGCUGGAGACCUGGCUUUUGGCCAACAGGUCCAAAGUGUCUGUCAAUGUGGAUCUGGUGCACGGAGGCACAACGUUUGGCUGGUGGGCUGGGGGUCGGGUGCUGGACCACGGCACGGACUACAGACCAUCAAUCAGUUCAGUAGGCCAGGAAAACGAGUAUUGUGGUUGGGCCCCACUGGCCCAGAACGGUGACUGCGGCACAAGGUGAGUGUUGCUGGCCAAUGUCAUCCGUCGUCAUGCUGCUGCUGCUGCUACUACUGAUGGCCAGCAGCAGUUAUUGCUGCAGCAUCGACAACAAUCAGAGGAGAAUGCUGUUGGCUUGUUGUUCCCGGUCAUGCCACUCAACAGGACGCAAAUGGCCUACGGCACUUUUAUGCUCAGGUACGUGGCGUCCGUGUGGGACGCCAGAUCCAGGUUGCGAGACGGCCCUGUCGUACAGGCCCCAUGGCCACUGUCCUUUGAGCAGUUGAGCCAGGCACAGGGCCUGGUAUUGUACGUGUGCCGCCUACGCCGAAAUUACGACGAGGGGACGCGGUUUCAGAUCAAGAACUUGGCAGACCGGGCCUUUGUGCUCAUCAAUGGCCGCCUCAGCUUGGUGCUGGCCCGAACUGGGGACCACACAGUGGCCCGACUGCCUGCUCCUGCCAAGGCCGGCGACUCUCUGGGCGUGAUGGUCGAAAACACGGGCAGGGACAGCUCGGGACGACCAGACGUGAAGGGCAUGUUCGUCGUAAUCAUCGACGGGGACACACCGUCUGGCUGGACCAUGCACAGACUUGGACUGGGCCACAUGAACAUCAGCCGCAUCAAUCAGCAGAUUCAGCACAUCGCAGGUCAUCCUCUUCGAGCAGACCAGAAAAGAAGAAGAAGAAUACGAGCAGCAUUAUUAUCAGCAAUAAGAGCAAAACCCGUCAUGUUACCAGCUCUUUUCUCCUUCCAACUAGACUUACCGCCGCAGGUUGGUGCUGUUGCUGACACGUUCCUCCAGGUGCCAACCGCCUUCCAGCACGGACUGGCGUUCCUCAACGGCGUCCCUCUCGGCAGGUAUUACUCAUCAUCAUUGGAUGACGUCCACAAUGAGCUUAUUCAAGGACCAAGGAAAAGAAGAAUAAGGAAGCUGUUCGUGCCUGCGUCCAUGCUGUUGGGACCGGGCCAGGAAAACGAGGUGGUGCUGCUCGAGUUCCAGUCGGCGGCGUGUUUCCCGCUCUGCUUUGCCCAGUUGACCACAUCGUCGACAGCAACAACAGCAGCUCCAACACCAAUCGUGACCAUAGAUAUUCACAGCAGAAAAAACGCCGGCUUCGCAUAGUUUAAUCAUAUUGCAUAUACUGUAUAUAUACAUGCUCAUGUACAUCGUGUAUUUAUAUACUGUUCUGCUGUAUAUACAUGAACGCGAGAUACAUAAAAUACAAUCUUCAUUUUCUAUAA